AUGACGAGUUCAGCCCCAGCAGCUCCCAACGCUCCCACACGGGCGCCACGUCAGGCGGCCCUGCUCGCGCGCGCGAACCACGCCGCGGCGGCGAGGAACCUGGUGGCGCCCGCGCCGUCGCAGAGCGCAGGGGAGGAAUCCCCCAUUGACGCGCCAAACCCCAAACGCAGUUCAUCAGAUCCGCACGGAUCAUCCGCUACGCAUGUCCUGGUGGUUCUCGGCGGUGACGACCGCGACGGUGUGCGCGAGCUUCUGGCCCGCGUCGUGACGGUCGUGAAGCUCGACUCGGGGCUCAUACUCAACACGUUCGACGCGCUCGAGCGGCGCGAUCUGGACGGCCUCCGUCGGGACCUGGCCGUGCCGGUGUUCGACAUCGGCCCGCUCCACAAGUUCUCCCCGGCCGGCGACAGCAGCCUGCUGCGGCAGGACCGGAGCUGCCUGGAGUGGCUGGACGCGCGGCCGCCGGCGUCGGCGCUGUACGUGAGCUUCGGCAGCCUGGCGUGCAUGAGCCCGCGGGACCUGGUGGAGACGGCGUGGGGCAUCGCCGGCAGCGGCGUGCCGUUCCUCUGGGUUAUCUGGCCGGGCAUGGUCCGCGGGUCGGCGCGCCAAGAGUUUCCCGAGUGGUUCGAGGCCGCGACGCGCGAGUGCUGGAUGGUGGUGGCGUGGGCCGAACUCGUCAUGGCGCUGGAGGUAGAAGAUGAAGUUGACGAGUGGGGCCUAACUGGCUGCGGGACAGGGAGGAAGAAGAGAGAAGGUAGUCAGGAGUAG